AUGGGUCUAGUAUUCUCCUACCUUGCCUACUACCAGGUAGGACUCGGACUCGCCCCAGCCAACAGCCAACAGCCAACAGGACAAGGUUUCAUCCCAAUAAUUCCCAUUUCAUCUCUCGUGAUUGCCCUGAUCUAUUCGACCCCUUUGUCAGUGCCCCAGGGCGUCCCUACGCCGCAACCAAAACAUUAUGCUCGAUUGUGUCAAAAUCACAGCUCCAUCGACUGGUCAUGUGCGCCGGCAACUCAUUCUAGUCGAUGGGCUGUAAUUUGCAAAUCACACCUUGAAAGUUGA